AUGGUGCAGGCCUGGCCCAUGCCCUGGCGUGCGCUGGGCGCCGGCGUUCUCGGACCACGCCCCGGCGUCCCGCAGCAGCAAGCAUUCUUCGCCGGGGGUGCACCUCCCGCUCCUCAUCCAUACGGCUACGGCUACGGCGGAUACCCGGCCCUCCUCCCCGGCUCCACCUACGGCUCGCCUGGCCCCAGUUCCAGCAACGCGCCUUCUCCGCCACAGCCGCCGUGGGACAUGGGCGGGCUCCAGAGCGCGCUCCAGGUUGCGCACACGUCGUCGUCGCCCCCGACCAGGACCUCCGACUGGUACAUGGACUCCGGUGCCUCCUCGCACAUGACCUCCAACCCUGGUACUCUCCACUCCCUUCACCCGUCUUUUCCUCCCCGUGAUAUCAUCAUUGGCAAUGGGGGCCGCAUGCCAAUCACCCAUACUGCUCACGGAUAUCCGCACCCGCCUGGUGAUCCUUCGAUGUGA